AUGCCAAAUCAGACUGAAGAACAAUACUUGAAAGAGCUCGAAAAGGAGAUCAACUUGGACGACGUUGAUUUCAGCGAUUUAGAGGCCAAAUACCAAGUGAGUGCCGACUUUGGGCUCGACUGUUAUGUUGUAGUUGAUGGUGCUCCAGUUGCACCAGAAGCCAAAGUACCAAUCUUAACUAAGGUUUUAAAGAAGCUUUUCAGUACUAUCGGAGAAGUUGUUGAAGGUGAAGAUGGUGUUUACAUGCCAUUGGAAAACGGUAUGUCCAAGGGUUACUUGUUUGUUCAAUUCAAGGAACCUCAAAUGGCCGAAGCUGCUAUCAAGCAAUUGAAUGGUAAGAAGUUAGAUCAAAAGCACAGAUUAUUGGUCAACAGAUUGAGCGACAUUGAAAAGUACGGUGUUGAAGGAAAUAUUCCAGACAAAUUCGAAGAACCUUCUAUUGAAGAAAUUAGAGAUGUCGGUUACAUGAGGUCUUGGUUACAAGAUGAAGCUGGAAGAGAUCAAUUUGUUCAACACUUUUCAGAAACCGUUGGUGUUUACUGGAAUAAGAAGAAGAACGAACCAGAACCAGCCAUCGAACCAAGAAAGGGUUUCACUUCUACUUACGCCAAGUUCUCUCCAAAGGGUACUUACUUGUUCUCUGUUCACCCUCAAGGUAUUCAAUCAUGGGGUGGAGCAGAAUUCUUAAGUUGUAAGAAGUUCAUUCAUCAGCAAGUCAGAUUAAUUGAUUUCUCUCCAAACGAACGCUAUAUGGUGACUUUAUCUCCAGUGCCGAUUCAAUUGCCAGACUCUCCUCAAGAACGAGCCAUUUUCCCAUUCGGACCUGAAAGUAACGGACACAAGUUAGUUAUUUGGGAUCUCAUCACCGGAGAACCAUCCAGAACCUUUGCCUUACCUCCACACUUGGAAGGACAAAAGGAAAUGCCAUGGCCAUUAGUUAAAUGGUCCCACGAUGACAAGUACUGUGCUAGACAAGGUCCAGGUGCCUUGGCCAUUUAUGAUACCACCGACAACUUCCAAUUAUUAGACAAGAAGUUAGUCAAGGUUGACGAUAUCGUUGAUUUCGAAUGGGCUCCAGCUCCAGUAUUCCUUGCUGGUCCAAAGAAGGAUGAAGGUGAGCACAUUUUGUCCUACUGGACCCCAGAAUCAAGUAACCAGACUGCUAGAGUUGCCAUCAUGCAAAUUCCAGAAAGAAAGGUUAUUAGAACCAUCAACAUUUUCCAAGUGAGUGAUUGUAAAAUGCACUGGCAAGACGAAGGUAAGUAUCUUUGUGUUAAAGUUGAUAGACACACUAAAUCCAAGAAGACAUUUUUCUCCAAUUUGGAAUUCUUCAAGUUAACUGAGAAGGAUAUUCCAGUUGAAAAAUUAGAAUUAAAGGAUGUUGUUUACAACUUUGCAUGGGAACCAAGAAGCGAAAGAUUCAUUACCAUUUCCAGAUUAGACGACGGUAGUGCCAACGUUUCAAUCCCAAAGAAUGUUAUUUCAUUUUAUGGACCAGAGUUACAACAAAAGGGUAAGAGCUCAUCCGCUAAGUACACCUGUCUUAAAACAGUUACUGACAAGCAUUCUAACACUAUUGCUUGGGCACCAAAGGGUAGAUAUGCCGUAGUUGCAACCAUUGCCAAGAAUAACGGUGAAUUAGAAUUCUACGAUACUCAAUACGAAGAAGACAAGACUGCAACAUCUACUGGUAACGUGAACGUCACUGCUACCAAGAAGAAUGACUCUGUCAAAUUGAUGAAGCAAGAAAGAUUCUCUGGUAUGACUUCAUUGGCUUGGGAUCCAUCUGGAAGAUUUGUCGCCGCAUGGUCAUCAAUCUGGUUACACACCAUGGAAAAUGGAUUCAAGAUUUACGAAUUCACUGGUAACUUGGUCAGAGAUGAAUCAAUUGACCAGUUUAAGGAAUUUAUCUGGAGACCAAGACCAGCUUCCUUGUUGAAUGCUGCUGACAGAAAGAAGGUUAGAAAGAACUUGAGAGAGUACAGUGCACAAUUCGAUGAAAACGAUGCAAUGGAAGCCGAUGCUGCCACCAGAGAAGCUAUCUUGUUACGUCGUGCUCAAUUAGAAGAAUGGAGAUCUUACAGAUCUAAAUAUGCCGCUGCGGUCGAAGAAAAGAAGAAGAAUGAAGUUCAAGCUGAAUUGAUCGAGGAAAUCAAGGAAGAAAUCAUUGAAGAAAAGGAAGAAGUUAUAAUUGAAUAG